GCGAAGGGAGUCCGAAGCAUCGAUUGCAGGGGGUAUCUAUCAUAAUACUGUACUCGAGUACAGUACGAGUCCCGUACGAGUAAAGUACCGUACCGUACAGUAACCAUACCACAACUCCUCCCCAACCAUUCAAGUUAGUUUACAAACUCUCCCACCCCCACACUCAACCAACCAAGCAACCAAGCAAGCAAGCAAUCAAGCUACCGUACAAGUCUACGAGUAUCAUACCGUAGACUACCAUACCAUACUCGAGCACCACGGUACAAAUAACCAAAUGAAAAAAGUUAAGUAAAAUGGUGGUUUUACUCAAACAUCACGUCACGUCAACCGCAGCAAAAGAAAAGAAAUGCCCCCACCCCACACCAACCCGAUCACCACCAUCAGAGCAUAUAUAACAUUAUGUACCAGUAUCAUACGGUACAGUACUGUAACUCGUAUGGUAUCAUAGGUAUGAUGGACGCACCCACCGUACCUUACCGAACCGGUCGGUCAGCCGUCAAAGGUUUGCACGAACGUACCCGUACCGUACUCGUACAGUUACUGCCCUUCCUUCCUCCAUUCGUGGAGGUAAGGUAAGGUAAAGUAAGGUAUUUAUCAUAGGCGGGGGAAAGUACCGUACCGGUUACGAUAGGGUAGCAAAAGCAUGGUAUGGUAUCGUAGUCUAAACGGUACGGUACGGUUUCUCGGGUUGGGUUGGGUUGGGUUGGGGAAUUAGCGUAGUAUAGUACCAUACCGCGUCGCAUUGCAUUGCGUUGCGUUUGCGUUGAAAAAAAAAAUGAAAUGAAAAAAAAAGUACCGUACGGGUUUGUUAAAGUUAGUUAGUUAGAUAGUUAGUACUGAACUGAACUCUACCGGAGUUCGGGGGGGGGGGGGGGGUUCAAUGAGUACGGUACCGUAGCGUAUCUUGUCGUAUCGGACCAGUGCUGUAACUAGUACUGUAUACCGUACCGUUAUGAUGCUGUAAGGUAACGAAGUAUGAUGGUUGGCUGGUUGGAUGAGGAUCUGUACAGUACCAUGAUACAAGUAACAAGUAUGAUACUUGUAUGUAUAUAUAUAAAAGUUAUGAUUACCGUACCGUAUUAAAUACCGAAUCGACAGGAAUCACGAUAACGGCAAGUUAUGCACUAUCUGUCAAAAAUAGUGAGAAUGAUAAUAAUGAUAAUAGGAAAAUAAUAUCCAUCAUGGGGUAUCGUAGAGAAAAGAAAAAAAGAAGAAGAAAAAGACCAAAGGGUUAAAAAGGUAAAUUCCAGACGGACAGACGGACGGACAAACAUCCUGGUAUCAUAACUCUCCAUGAUAUAUACCCUAUACCGUACCAUACAUAUUUACUGAUAAGCUCACCCCGCAAUCGACAUUCCUGCACGGUAGAGUACUUCAAAAAAAACACUUUCUUUUUUCUUUUUUUCUUUUUUUCUUUUCUUCCCUCCCCCCUCUCUCCCGGGUUUCCCACGUCCAAUCCCUUCUUCGCCUUCUUUUUCCUCCGGGAAGGGGGAAGGAAGGAAGGAAGGGGUGGGGCUCCUCCGGUACCGUAUGAUGGUGAUGAUGAUGAUGAUACGCGGAUUUAGAGGAGGGGGGGAGGGAGAAGGUAAGGAUUAAGUCAGUUUUUUUCCUUUUCUUUCAACUCGUAUACGGUACUCGAGUAGGGUGCAAUAGGUAUGAUGGAUGAGCAAGUGAGUGAGUAAGUGAGAAUGAGAGUGAAAAGGUUUGGAAUCGGACCCGUACGAUAUAUAACUGUUAGGGGAGGUGUUUUCGUACAAGACAGGGAUCAUCUUGCGGGUUAACCUAGAUUAACUGUGCGAAAACAUUAUCCCUGGCACUUGUAGCAUCAUACGGUACGGUGAACCGGAGCUCGCGCUCUCUUCCGGUUAAGCUUCCCCCAGUUAUCAAAUAAUAAUACAUCCUUCUCCGCGCUUCUUCUUGACCGGUCAGCCGGCCUCCCAGCCAGCCAGUACUGUGCGAGUAAGUUGGAGCGGUGGCGCAGCGUAAAUACCCCAAGUGCAAUACCGUAUCUACCUACCCAUAAGGUGCAAUCGGAUUUGUGAUGCGGCGAUGUGAUACGGUGCCGUGCGAGUAUUAGUUAUUUUGUUAUUGGUACUGCACUGUAUGAUGUUAUUAUUGUGGUUGUUAUCAAGUUAUAAUCGAUGUCUCAUGAUGUGCCGAGAAGGGAGGGGAUGGAAGUGUUCCUAAGGUAUCAUCGGUACGGUAGGUAAGGUAAGGUAGGUACGGUAGGUGUAGUUACGUCAAUUGUUCAUUUUUUCUUCUUCUCCCCCUUCUCCCCUCGAUGCCUCUCACGAUGUUGCGGUCCACGGCUGGCAAGAAGGGAAUUACGGUGUUUUGUUAUAGGGUGGGAUACCGGAGGUGGAUGGGAUGGGAUGGGAGGGGUACCCCCGAUGUGGUACUCGUAUCGUAUCAUACCGCGAGAGUGCGCAGAGCGGGGAACUGGGGAGUCGAGUGAACCGGAUCGGAUGGGAUUCGGGAGGUCACCGCACCGGUACCUCGUACUGGCUGACCGCUCCUGCGCUUUUCCCCGAUUGUUGACUUUGGAUCGUGCUCGAGUGCCAUCGCCCAUACGGUAGUCUACCGCUAUUCAGAGACAAUUGUACAUGUUUAGAUCAGGUUAGUCCGUAGCGGAGCCGCGGUAAUUACAUCAUGUUUCACCCGUACCCCGUUUCGAUGACCACUACCGGUGGGGACGCUAUGACCCUCCUGCCUCCUCUCCAUCUCUCCCUCUCUCCCUCGCGGCCAGGCAACUGGACAAGAUAAAGUUUAGAUAGCGACCGAAAUCAGCGCGGUGCGCUACUGUAUCGGCACCAUCAGCAUGCCCCUCCCCAUGCUUCAGCGUUUGGGGGGGGUGCUGAGGAGAGUGAGAAUGAGAGUGAGAGAGCGUUACCCGACGACAUGGUGGCAGGUGCGGUAGGCACGAGGGACUCCUGCCCCUUCAAGCACCAUGUGCUUGGUCAUGUCGGUCACCGGGUUCGGCAUUUUUACCUUCUGCUCCCUCCUCCUAUUGCUGUAUUGUGCUGUAUCAAGCCUGCGGUGUUUUUCAUCCCGGGUCAUUUCCUCUCAUUCAUUCGCUCUUUUCCCUCCUCUCUUUGCCUCCCUACCUACCCACCGGUAAGUUCAUAGAUAGGCAAGUAGCCAGGCGGGUAGGUAAGUGGGUCACGACGACCUGCGC